AUCAAUUGUUUUUUGAAUGCAUAAACCCCACAAAGCUUGGAAGGGAGGUUUGAAUUCAAUAUUUUCAGCACAGAAAAUGUGGAUUAAGAUUCGGGCUUUCCCAAUCUAGGUCUGGAGUAGACUUCGGCCAGUAAGUAUAGGAAUCCUGGUGGAUAAAACUGGGAAACCGAGCAAGCCUCGCCAAGCUAUCGGUCUUCAUUUUCCGCUUCCGACACGUUUUCUUCACUUUCACUCUACUGCAAAGCUUAAGGGUGUGUUUACUGUCAAAGAGCCAGAGAUACACUCCGCAUUCUGGAAAUUCAAAAAACUCGAUCAAAUUUGCAGCAACUGCUUUAAAAUAAUGACCGUUGUGUGGAAAUCGCAAGUCGUCGUCUGCUAAGAAUAUGUUGUCUGUGAAGGAAAAUGAGAAGAACUGGUUGAUUUCUGAUAGAUCUCGCUUGAGUGCGAUGGAGUUUUCAUCUCGUUUUAAUCUCAAAUUCCAGAGGCCAUGUGCAAUGAUUUGGUUAUGGAUUGCUUUGGUACUCCUACUGCAGAAUAGUAGAGGACUGGUCUCAGCAUCCAAUUAUUUGAUUGGGCUUGGAAGCUAUGACAUUACAGGACCUGCCGCUGAUGUUAAUAUGAUGGGAUAUGCUAACUCAGAACAGAUCACAGCUGGGAUUCACUUCAGGCUCCGAGCUCGCACUUUUAUCGUUGCAGAGCCAGAAGGGAACAGGGUAGUAUUUGUAAAUCUCGAUGCUUGCAUGGCUUCACAAAUUGUAACAAUCAAGGUGAUUGAGAGGUUGAAGGCAAGGUAUGGGGACCUAUAUACUGAAGAUAAUGUAGCUAUUAGUGGAAUUCACACGCACGCUGGCCCUGGGGGUUAUCUCCAACAUGUGGUGUAUAUUAUAACAUCCCUUGGAUUUGUACAACAGUCGUUUGAUGUCAUUGUUGAUGGGAUUGAGAAAAGCAUUAUAGAAGCCCAUGAAAAUAUCCGGCCCGGGUCAGUUUUUGUAAGUAAUGGAGAGCUCUUAGAUGCUGGUGUUAACCGCAGUCCUAGUGCUUAUUUAAAUAAUCCUGCAGCAGAGCGAGGUAAAUACAAGUAUGAUGUUGAUAAGGAAAUGACCCUUUUGAAGUUUGUAGAUGACAAGUGGGGUCCACUUGGUAGCUUUAACUGGUUUGCGACUCAUGGAACUUCUAUGAGUCGUACAAAUUCAUUGAUAAGUGGGGAUAAUAAAGGUGCUGCCGCAAGAUUUAUGGAAGACUGGUUUGAGCAGAAUGGUACUGAAAUCUCAUAUUCCGGUAGACUUGGAGCUGAUGGAAUCCCACGAAGAGUCUCAAACAUAAUUCCUAACCUUCAUAGUAACUACCAUGAAUUACUGGAGCUUGCUGCUUCCUUCCAGUCUCCUCCUGGUAGACCAGCAGACAGCAAUAUGAGCGUUGCAAGACGUGUCAGGGCUGCUCUCAGGCAGGCUAACAAGCCUGAAUUUGUUUCUGCCUUUUGUCAAUCAAACUGUGGUGAUGUUAGCCCAAAUGUUCUUGGAGCAUUUUGCAUAGACACUGGGCUACCUUGUGACUUCAAUCAAAGUACUUGUGGUGGGAAGAAUGAGUUGUGCUAUGGUCGAGGACCGGGUUUCCCGGAUGAAUUUGAAAGUACGCGUAUAAUAGGAGAGAAGCAAUUCAGAAAAGCUGUAGAGCUUUUCAACAAAGCAUCUGAACAAUUAAUUGGGAAGGUUGACUAUCGCCACACUAACAUAGAUUUCUCACAACUUGAGGUGACACUUCCAAGAGAGGCAGAAGGAGGGGGUUCUGAGGUGGUAAAAACAUGCUCUGCUGCAAUGGGAUUUGCAUUUGCUGCCGGAACAACAGAUGGACCAGGAGCUUUUGACUUUAAGCAAGGAGAUGAUAAGGAAAAUCCUUUCUGGAAGUUGGUGCGCAACAUACUCAAAACGCCAGACAAGGAACAAAUUGAUUGUCAACAACCAAAGCCCAUUUUGCUUGAUACUGGGGAAAUGAAGCAGCCGUAUGACUGGGCUCCUUCAAUACUUCCACUCCAGAUCCUACGGAUAGGACAGCUAGUCAUUCUGAGUGUACCUGGAGAAUUUACAACAAUGGCUGGGAGGCGUCUCCGUGAUGCCGUGAAGACAGUGCUCACAAGUAAUGGUCAUGGCAAUGUCCAUGUUGUUAUAGCAGGGUUAACUAAUACCUAUUCACAGUAUGUGACUACCUUUGAAGAGUACCAUGUGCAAAGAUAUGAGGGAGCCUCCACACUAUAUGGUCCACAUACACUCAGUGCCUACAUGCAGGAGUUCAAGAAGCUCGCAAGUGCUAUCAUUAGUGGUGAAGCCGUUGAAAAAGGGCCACAAGCCCCAGAUCUCUUGGAUAAGCAAAUAAGCUUACUUACCCCUGUUCUGAUUGAUGAAACAAGUAGUGGAGUAAAUUUCGGGGAUGUCAGCUUUGACGUUCCUAAAAAUUCAACCUUUGAAAAAGGCGACUUGGUGAAUGUUACCUUCUGGUCAGCUUGCCCCCGAAAUGACCUCAUGACUGAAGGUACGUUUGUCCUCGUGGAGAUCCUCCGUGAAAAGGAUACAUGGGUUCCCGCUUAUGAUGAUGAUGAUUUCUGCCUGCGUUUUAAGUGGUCAAGACCCUCGAAACUCAGCACUUGGAGUCACGCAACAGUAGAAUGGAGAAUACCAGAAUCCACACCAACCGGUGUGUACAGGAUCAGACAUUUUGGUGCUUCAAAGAGUAUCAUGGGAUCAAUACGCCAUUUCACAGGUUCAUCAAGUGCUUUUGUGGUAGCAUGAGGAUCUCCAUACUGUUUAGGUUCAGAUUUUUCCUCUUGACACUAGUGCAAACUUGAAGACUUACCACCGUGAAGGGCUAUGGUUCUUUUGCAACUCCACGAUUAAGAUAGUCAGUUGCUGGAUUAUAGAUUCAGGCAUGUGUUUCAGAGCCAGCAUUUUAGUCUCUAUAGUUUUGAAUUGGGAGUCUGUUGUUUUCUUGAGAGAGGCAAGUCCUUCCUACA